GCUUCUGGAGAGGUCUAGAGACAGAAGGCGAGAAGCUUCUCUCUCUCUUUCUCUGGGUCUUUGCCGACUCUUUUAUUAGCGCUUUUUGCAAUCAGACUGUGCGAUUAUCUGAAUAGGCAAAGUACCAUGAACAUGAUAACGAAGAAGAUGAAGAGGAAGGAUCUUGAGCUCGACGAGUUCAGCGACGAGUUCUCCGAUUUCUCUCUGUCUUCUCCGGCUCGGAAGAUUCGCCGCCUCGAUGCUGAGUUGCCGCCGAUUAUGGAGGAAGAGGAGGUGGAGAUUCCUCCGGAAGUAGGGGGAGGAGUGACGGAGGAUUUGGAACUUCCGUCCAACGAGGAAAGGGCUAUUGUUCUCUUCAAACCUGUGAAUGCUUCUCUUUUCGGUUCACAACCUUCGAAUCUUUCUUUCUCCGUUGAUUCUCGUAUCAUAUCUGGCUUUAAGAAUCAAUUAUUUGGGUCGAGCCAGUAUGGUCACGUAAAAUCAGCUGAUGAGGAAGAAGCUAUGAGGGACAAGAAUGGUGAUUGUUUGGCUGUGGUUCCAUGGGUUCCUUCUCAGUUUCCUCCUGUACCGGCCACUGAGAUUUACGCAAUGGACGCUCCUGAGUUGAUGGAAGAGGCCGAAGAAAUGGAAGCAACGACGAUGGAUGUUGAAGAAGACAACAACAACAGCAAUGCAAGCAUGGAGCAAGGGCACCCUAAUGUACAUGCGUAUGGUGGAGUAGCGGGAAGCGAUGGCUUGCAUCAGUGGCAGCAACAGUACCACUGCAUGAUACCACAGAUUCCCCAGAACACUUCCACUCCCAUUACAUGGUUCCGGUGAAAGAAAAACAUUUUAGUUUUUGUUCGUUUUGGAGAGCAGAUCUGAAUUGAAAGGUGUAGUAGAUGGGAUUGGGGGACUGAGAAUGGAGCCCCUUUCUUUGAUGGCCUUUGGGCUAGUUAGUGUCCUUCAACCAGAAGGCGUUUUGGAUGUUGGGAACUCCCUGUAAAAAGAAAGGGAAAUAGUGGUGUAAAAAGACGAAAGUGCUGUAAUGGGCAACCAAUGUAGAAAUUAAUGUGUUCUCUUUGUUCCCUCAUCAGUGGUUUGCGUUCUAUUCAAAAUUAAUGUAGAAAUGAUCAAGGCUGAGCAAGGUCAAUAAUCAA